GUUACCUCUGGACUUCCAACGACGGCCAAGCAAGGUCUGCACAAUAGAAGACACAAGAGGAGCACUAACAGGGGUAAAACUCGUAGGAGACACCACCUGCUGUGACAGCUGCUGCUGUUGUUGACGAAGUUGCAUCAUUGGUGAUACUGGACGAAUAGUCGAGAACAGACGAGCCCUACACCAGAGACCACACACUGUUAGUAUUCUGGCAGCGCACAAAUCCACGUCGCAUACACUUACCCUAAUGGCUUGAACGUAGAGAGUCUUGAGAACAUGGUCAGAGCUGAAGAUUCUUGCCGAAUGGAGUCCUUGAAGGCGGUUAUGUGUUGGAGUAAAAUGGCCGUCCAGCGUAAUUUUCUUUCUGCUCGGCCUGGCUUUUUUUCCCUUGGUUGUGUGCCCUGCCCAGCCUGGAAACCACCGCCUGGAAAUCACCGCCUGGAAAUCACCGGCACAGAGACGGGCAAAGAGCCCAGCGCCGGCAAAGAGCCCAGCGCCGGCGGACGGGCGAGAGGACUAAGGCUUCAUGGGCAGACUGAUGGGAAGCCCUCGGGGAGCUGUAUAGCAAGCGUAGAUAUCCAGCCCAUACUCUUCAGCAAUUGGCUCGCUAGUUCUCGGUUACGUAAGACCGUUACAGUGCUGAGUUGUGGGCUGUAUGAUGAGAUGUUGCCCCGAGCGAUUGCCUUCUGUGCGGGAGCUCAUCGGGCCUGGAAAAUUUUCAUUCUUAGCAGUAGAGAGAUUGUCAUAUAGUGGCUCUAUAGAGGUAUACAGAGAGGCUUUAGCGGUAUAGACGAUGUCACA